UUAGUCAGACCUGUUGUGGACAUCUCUUCAAGUCCAGAAAACAGCACAUUACCCAUUGGUGCCUCCAUUACCCUGAAUUGUACAGCGGAGCCCAGAAAAGAAGAUGCAAUGUAUCUGGAUAGAUAUGUCGAUUAUAUCGAGUGGUACGAUCCACAGGAUAACAAAGUUGUAGCUAAGUGCAAGCAGCCUUCAAAAGGAAGAAAAAAACGUUUAAGUUGCCCAUUAGCGCUUAAAAAUCUGACAGUUGACAAAUUUGGUCGCUACAACUGCCAAGCCGGCAAUGGUUACAUAAAGCACUGCACAAGGAAAUCAUUUGAAGUAGUGAUUCAAGGUAAGAAAACCAGGCUUAUCAUACCCUUAAUAAACAAUUAUUCCACUCGUGCUUGUUGGAUAUGCGAUGAUAGAUUGCCAACGAGGCUCAUAGGGCAGAAUUGACUAUAAUCGUCUCAUAUCCAACAAGCGCGAAUGGAAUAAUUGAUUUAUAGAAAAUGCCUCAAAACGUAUACACAAAAAUCUUCCCAACUUUAUUUUGCAUGAACAAACGGAACGUUACAAUGUACCAAAACACUUCCGGUUUGAUUCGUCUUCAUGCUCACACAUGGUAAAAUGACCCACAGCCCAUAAUGGCUAAUCUAAUGAAAACUCUUGAAUUGCAUUAUCCAAUGAUCCAGUUUUAAAUAUAUGAAAGUAGACAUCAUUUGUUUCUUAAUGCAAAGGUAGAUACCGAAGAUGUUUAAUUCAGGACUAAGGGGCCUCGAAUAAUCAGCUUCUAAGAAACCCCUAGAAUGUAUGGACAGGCAAGUCCAAUUCAUAAUUCAUUGCAAAAGGAAAAUUCCGCUGUGGUAAUUGGCUAACAAGACCCGAAAUGCACUGUUCAAAGAACGAAAUUCUUCACGCAGAUAACGAUUAAAUUUGAAUCAGGAGCAAUUCGAUUGACCUGUCCAAAUGCAUAUCAUAUUACUCGGUACAGUCGAACCUGUAUUAAGCGGUCAUUCUCUGGGAUCGGUGGUGACCGCUUAAUGUAGGUUGACCUCUUAAUACAGGCUCUACGGAUAAGGGGUAUUAUUAAAAAUGAUAAUAAACCGAAAAAACAAAAGCAAAGUUGAAACAAACACAACGCCACUAAUGCCACUGUUAUAAUUGACCACUUUAUGUGCAGAAUCUCGAUCAAAGAUACUAUUAACUUCGAUUUUGGCAGAGAAGCAUAAAUUAAAAAAAUUAUUUGAAGGAUCAUACUUAUUUUUAUUCGAGUGGUUGGGCUAUAAGUGGCUGUUAACCUCUUAAUACAGGCUCUACGGAUAAGAGGUAUUAUUAAAAAUGAUAAUAAACCGAAAAAACAAAAGCAAAAUUGAAACAAACACAACGCCACUAAUGCCACUGUUAUAAUUGACCACUUUAUGUGCAGAAUCUCGAUCAAAGAUACUAUUAACUUCGUUUUUUGCAGAGAAGCAUAAAUUGAAAAAAAUUAUUUGAAGGAUCAUACUUAUUUUUAUUCGAGUGGUUGGGCUAUAAGUGGCUGUUAAAACAGGUGGAGGGCAAUACAAAGAGGCCGUUGGGACUUUGUUGAUUACGACCGCUAAGUAGAGGUAACCGCUUAAUAAAGGUAAAAAUUAUAGUGAUUAAGGGGAAACAAACUGAGGACUUUGGCAACCGACAAACACUAAUUCAAGCGACUGCUUAAUACAGGGGUGGUCGCUAAAUACGGUGCCGGCGAUGCUGUAGCAUAAAAAAAACCUACAUAUUCUUUGGAAGAUGAGAAAAGAAUUAUUUUGUGAAAAAAAAAAAAAAAAAAAAAAAGAAAGAAGAAUGAUGAUAACACUCUGGGAAGGGAGGGUUGGCCUGAAAUAGUUCCUUCUGGGUACCUGUAUAAGCAGUUCAUCUUCUUGUGUGGCAUAAAAGUGUGAUAAUGAAAAUAUCCUCUCGUUCUGCCGUCAUUUGCUUAUGAAAUUAACUUCAUACCAGAUUAUCUCAGUAACAAAAGGGGAUAUUUAUUGCAAUGUAUUUUUCCCUACAGGUCUUGCGCCAGAGUUAUUAGAAGUUCCUCGCAACCAAAGCAUUGAUAUAGGGGCCAAUGUAACUUUCAACUGCACCGCCACAGGUCUUCCUAAGCUAAGCAUUUCAUGGAUCAAAAACAGUGAUUCAUCUGCCUUACAAACCAACUCAAGGGUGACAUUCAGUUCAAGUUAUAACAAUUUAAGUUCAUCAAAAAACCACAAAACCAUGCAAGGCCAGCUGUUUAUUACAGGAGCGAAGAAAGAAGAUUUUGGCAAAUAUCAAUGUGAGGCCAAAAACAGUGCUGGUAAAAAUUUGUCGCUGCCAGCUUUCUUAACCUCGAAAGAUUCAGGUUAGACAUGAAUAUGCAUUAGUGUAUGUUUGUCCUCCCUAUCACUUCAAAGUUGAAAACCCACGAAGUCUUCCCGUUGCAUGUCAACUCAGUCUCCCAGUUGAAAUUUCCCCAACACCAAGUAAGCGAGAUAAGCUCGGCUUUUGGAUGAUUGCUUCUUGGUGUACAUUUCCGUAGAUUAUAAAAACUCUCGGAGUGUUACCAGAGUAUCAAGAGCUAGAAAAUGAGCAGUUUUCUGUGAAAUGUUUAUACAAAUUUUUUAAGUUGUCAUUUGAGUUUCACCCGGUCACUGUACCUCCUCAGUCUUCUUAUCAUCAAGACUCCCCUUUAAGUUCAAUUCUCUUCAAACCGGGUCAUUCGAGCGGCAAAAAAGCCUUGGGCCCCGACAUCCACAAAAAAGAUUACAAAUGAGACAAUUCAUAAUGUCCCAUUCAUUCAUAUUGAUUAUUUUUGAUUCAAUUUGGUAGAUGACCAGAAACCUGAGAUCGUUGAAGGUCCAAAGAACCAAAGUGUCCUGAUGGGUUCCAAUGCUACCUUAAGCUGCACUGCUAGGGGUCUCCCAAGGCCAAAAAUCCGCUGGAUAAAGGACAAUUCUUCAUACCCUUUACAGUCUAAUCUCAGAGCACGUGUCAUUCCAGACGGGCCAACCAAUCGCAGCCAGCUUUUUAUAUCGAGAGUAGAGAUGGAAGACUAUGGAAAAUAUCAAUGCAUUGCAAAUAAUAGCAUUGGAAGAAGCCAAUCAGGAGUGGCUGUCUUGAACAAAGGUUAGUUUUUUUUAAAACACGGUAAGAGGGGUCCUUCUUAACUACAAGUGCUGUUCUUAAGAACAACGUGUUUUUUUAUAAUUUGUCCACAGCGACUCCUACUCUCAUCCCCGUUAAAAGAGAGCCGGAAAAUUCAGCAUCUCAGACAACUAUAGUCGCUGUAUCAUGCACUUUGGCAGCUGCUGUUAUUUGUGUAGUCACUGUGUUUGUGUGGAAUCGGCGUAGAAAUCGUGACAAGGAGGUAAAUAAUACGUUUCGUGACAUCCCCACACAGAGUAAUGAUCUCCUCUGUCCGUUAUGCGACUUUGCUUGUGCUGGCGUCCAGAGGAAUGCUGGGAUUGACCAGCCAAGAAUCAUGCAGUUUCCUAAGGGGGUAAGAUGCAGAGUCGAGAAAAACUUCCCAAUUUAACCGAUUAUUAUCAUUAUUAUUGUUAUUAUUAUUAUUACGAGCUAUUUUCCCUUUCGUGGUGAUUUCCGUCAGUUUGGCCUUAUUUGGCAAAAUUCGGCCUUUAAAAUGAGUCAAGGCCUAGGAAAAUGUCCAUUUCUGUCCCUACUUCGUCUACUCUAAAUUGUCCUUUCCCCCACUUUGAGUCAGUAAAUAUCUCAUGCAGAAACAAGCAGGGGCUUGCGCGACCCAUAUUCACGGGAUUUAUGAAGCAGUUCAAACUGAAAAAAAGCUAUAUUCCUUACUUACCUCAGAAUUAUCACACUUGAGGAUUAUCGUUGUGAAAGAUGGUGCGUCUAUUUCAAUUUGUUUCCUUCCUUAUAAAACAGACGCUAUUUAAAUCGCAUACGACUAGUAAAUCAAAGUGCGAGAGAUUUUAGUUCGUCGAGUUUAAAUGCAUGAUUAUGAAGGGGUCUCAAACAAAUGAUAGUGAUGAUAAAUCUUGGAUAGAUAUCACAAUUGCCUAUUCUCUUAAAUUAUAUGACAGGGACGAAAACUUGCCGCAAAGGUGUAUCUGAAAAAAGGUCAACAGUUGAAAAAUGGGAUACAGGACCUUGGAAACAAUCGGUCGCCCAAUAGCCAAACCAUCGAAACUCCCGAGGAAAGGCUUCUGUUAGUGGGGGAUGGAGUUGGGGAGAGACUGCCUCCAGACGGAAGCGAGCAGGAUGAUUUGGUGCAAGGAAUAAAAGAAAGAGGUCAAGAGAGAUUAGAGUCGGGUGAGGGGAUUGCUGGUGGUCACAUUUUCACACCUGAUAAGCACCUAGGUGUCGACGAACAGCGGGAUUGUGGAGAGAUAUCUAAAGAGACCGAGGAAGAAUCUGAAAACUUGGAAAAUCUUGAAGUGUUUGAUGAAAUACUCGGAGAGGGCGAAUUUGGAAUCGUCUACAAAGGUCGCUAUGGUGGAAAAGACGGAAACAUAACAGAUGUAGCUGUGAAAAAGCUAAAAGGUAGGUACACGAAAUCGAAAUGUCUACUUGUUAAUUCCUAAAUACAGUGGCAUACCUCUAAACUGAUUUUCCUUUUUCGAAGCUAUGCGCCAUCUUAAUUUUUUCACCAUUUUUCCUCUGAACACUUUCUGCAGCCCUAACCAAGCCAGUUUUUUCCAUACGUAAUUUUGUUACCAUAGCCAGAUACGAUGAGCGAACUACGUAAAAUGAAGCAAUUUAAGAAAUUCCCUUUUUUUUUUUCUCUACGUCAUUGUAGACCCUAGUGCCAUUGCCAAAGAAACCCUGCUUAAUGAGAUAAGGACCUUAAAGCAAGCUGGGAAACAUCCUAAUAUUGUCACUUUGAUUGGCACAAGGAUAGAGGAAGGUAAGUCAGUUUUCGGCGAUGCAAUGCCGUCUUAGAAAUAUGCGUGUUUACUUGGUGAUUGACAGUAACAAGGUAACGUUUCAGCCGUGUGUAAGACCAGUUAGAACAGUGCAUAUACUGACCUUAUGAUUAAAGACAGAUAAGUUCACUUAAUACGUGUCAUGUUAAAAAUCUGUGCUUCUUGAUCGGAAAACAUUUUUUUUCUGGGCUAAAUUCAGGGAAGUUCAUGUGAAAUUUUUUUCCUAUUUUUUGGGCACCAACUAAACCUAAAUUACCGAUCGCGACCAAUAAUUUCCAAUUUCUUUCUCUUGUCAACUCUAAUGUGUUUUCUCUACUCUCUCAAGGAAACGUUCUUGUGGUCACUGAAUUGAUUCAUGGAGGCAGUCUGGAAAAUCUUUUGAGGUCGCCAGGGGAAAGGAACAAUUAUCAUAAUAUCUGCUGUAAGCUGAAUGACCGGCAACUGGUCACAGUUGCAUUUCAGAUCGCCAUGGGAAUGCAGCACUUAGAGGAGAGAAAGGUAAGACCGGCUGGCAGUGUGUAGAAAUGUAAAGGUAAAUUUGCCAACCUUCCAUUAAAGGUGACUGUUCUCAAGAGAUUGGAGACAGUGGAUAAUCUCUUUCUGUACUAAAUAUAACGUUCGAGGUUUCGAAGUGGCUUAAAGACACAUUGACGAUCUCUGGCAUUUUGGUUUAGGCCAUCCAAUCAUUCUUGAGCCUCAGUCAAGAAAAAUAUAUAUAACGUGGGCAAUCCCAGCUUGUAAAUUGGCUUCAGGACACCUUGAGGAUCUUUCGCGCUUUCGUAUGGGCCACUCCAUCAUUGAGCGUCUCUAAGGAAAAAAUUAUACAUUGUCUUUUCUCACAGUUUGUCCAUCGCGACUUAGCAGCGAGGAAUAUUUUAGUUGAUGCCAACUUGGUGGCUAAAGUUGGAGACUUUGGAUUAGCCAGGGACAUAUCCGCUGCUGGUAUAUACACCAUAACCUCCAGCGUAAGUACGCUUUGCAAUCAAAAUCAACAACUAAACAGAAAAAUGAAAGAAACUGAAAUGCAUUUAAAUUGAUACUCUUCCUCGGUACAAUCGAGCAGAAUAAAUGAAUUUAUUCUAACGACAUAAUUUACAUUGAAACUCUCAAUUAGCUGUGUAUUAUGUGACACGUUUACUUAAUUAAUCAUAACAAUUAUAAUUUCUUCAAAUGCGAUUGAUGCACAAGGCGCUUUAUAUUUCACAAAUUUUUCCGUAGAUUUGUAAUCGGACAGUUGGUUGUAAUUGGACACCUGUAAUCGGACAGUUUAAGCAGCCAAUCCUACCCAGCCAAAUCCACCGAACACAGAAUUGAUUACAUUAACUAUAGAAACAACCAUUUUACCCAAAAAAACUGGGGAGUUUCGUGACAAACAAAUCGGACUCCCGCUUCGUGACCGUCUGAUUUGUCAAUCACUCGUAUAAUUACAGACCGAAUUGGACUGCAGUCAGUCUUAUUACCAUUAUUAGUUAUGGAAUAGUGUCUGAACCUAUGGUUAUGUUAAUAACAAUAACAAUAACAAUAAUGGGCACGGUAACUAUCACUCUGGUUUUUUUACUGGAAAUCAAUAAUAAUUACAAACCAUUAUAUAUCUUAACGUCGAAAAAGAACUCGCUUACUAUAAUGAAUGCACCCUUCCGAUUCAUAAGUCAUCCGCUUCACAGUUCCAAAGGGCAUUGCCUGCACUACAAACAGUAACUUGCUCACAUGAAUCUAUCUUUUCAACAGGGCAAGGUUCCGUGGAGAUGGUCGUCGUUAGAAUCUCUACGAGAUCUGCAUUUUACAUCCAUGAGUGAUGUCUAAGUUUCAUUUUGUCUUUGUCAGUUUUCUGUCUCUUGACUUCGAGUCGAAAGUAUUGCCUAGUUGAAAGGAUUUCCGAAAAAAAAAAACUUCUGCCGUGCGCUCGAUUAUAUCCCUUGGAGCAAUGUCAUGGUUACAUCUGGGCUUUCUUUCACGUUUUUUGUUUGUCUUCAUGUACAUGUACAUGCAUGCAUAGUGUAUCUAUACCUAUUUGCAUUUAUGGACACACCAUGGGAACUAAGCGUGACUUAAGAAAUUCCUUCCUUCAAAUCGAGCAUCAUAUGCACAUAUUACCUGAUUGAAAUUAAUACUAGAGGCAAGGUCUACAUAAGAGGAAAGACUCAACGAAGUUUUGAGUGAUGUAAAUAUCCAUUAAACACUAAAAGAAUACAACGAGACUCGAUCUUUAAUCAAUUCAGCGCUAAUCGUUCGAAUUCUUUACUCACUGAAGUUAUUAACCCUUUCACUCCCAAGAUCUCACUGUUAAUUCUCCUUACUGUCUGCCACACAAUUCUUUAGCUUCUAUUCGGAGAAUUUGGUAUGGGCUCAACUAAUGAUCUCUUUAUUGGUAAUUUUUUUAAAAAUUAAACCGUCUUUUUUUAAAUCACAUCAUUUGCCUGCUUGAUAUUGUAUUGAUAUUGUAAGGAGAAAUUCUGUUUUGGGCUAAGACCUUGAUGCUUAUUUGCAGGUGGUCUUUUGGUAUCGUUCUAUGGGAAAUCACCACUUAUGGUAAGUGUGAUGUGUUACUAUGUGCGACUUAAACGACAUCUUAUGAACUACAAAUCAUAUUCUCGUCAUGAGGCUCCAAUCCGUAAAGCAGCCCAAAGUUAGCAAGGCUGUUCUGUAAAGCUAAACAUAUAGACGCAAGCAUUUUCAUUUUGGAAAUGACUUUGGCCAGUCAGACGAAACUAAACAAGAUGAGAAGACCGCUUCCAGGUAUAGGUUGUGCUCGUGUCAAACAUUUUAUACGUGCUAUAUCUUAUUUAUUACAGUGCUGCACUUAAUUUAUCUACCUAAAUCAGCCAUAUAAAGUCUUUGCAAGUCUCUAUUUAUUAACAAAGUUAUUGCUGAAAUACUUAUUGUCUUAAAUGAUAUUCUUUAAAAACUGAAAUCGUUAAAUCAUCUUAUUUCCGCCAAACAGGUGAGUUGCCGUACCCUGACAUCACAGGGCCAAUUGCCUUAGUAACUCGACUUGCUUCGGGAUACCGGAUGCCUCGUCCCGAUCGAUGUUCGGAAGAACUGUAAGCUAUAAAGUCCUAAAUAAUGCUAGUAAAAUUCAAUUGAAUCAUUGAAUAUCAAGAAGGCUUUAAAAAAUGGACGUUUACCUCCCGGAUUUUUCUAAAAAUAAUUGAAAAGCGUUCUACCUUUCGAGCAAAGUCUCGCAAGAUCCGUUGACACUCAAUAUUUCUCGUUGAAAAUCAAAACGAUGCAUUAAGCUAAGUGAAUCAGUUGUGAUGAUUUAAGAACAAUUUGUGCAUCAAAUCAAAUGUCACAUUCGGCCAAUAUGUGAUCUUUCCAAUGAUCAUUUUCGUGAGUUCAAAAUCACCUCUUUGCACCCCUUUCCACGCUUGGUAUGGUCCAUUCAGAUGCUGAGAGUAUCAGUUGCAAGAUAAUGUCAGCUGAUACUGUAUUGAAUUUUUAGAUAUGAGCUCAUGAGUUCUUGUUGGAAAGAAAAUCCUUUGAUGAGACCAGCCUUUUCGCAGAUCGCCCAGCAGCUGAAGAAUUUUUUGCGAGAAGUGAAGGUAAUUAAUGGUUGUAUUUAGAAGCUUUCCAUUUCUUCCCUUCCUUUCGCUUUUCUCAAAAUUAUAUCUGCCCUCUUCUUCCUCCUUCCAUUUAUUCAUCUUUGCUUCCCUUUACCCUUCCAUGGAUCCGUCUGUCACUCUGUCAGUCGUUCUGAUAAACCUUUUAUCGUUGACUGCAUCUAUCGACCCAUCCAUUCGUACACAUAGUCAUCCAUCCACUUGCUUUUCCGUCUAACUAUAUAACCUUAACUUCCAUUCGUUCCUUCAUCUGCUUAUUCGUAAGUUCAUUCUUUCUUAGAUUUAAUUCUUAUACGGUAAAACCGUUAUUUCUAUCCUUAUUCGUAUUUUUUUGCGACUAAUUUAUUCAGAGGACAUAUACAAAUAUCACAGAGUUCAACGAUGGAGAAGCUUGA